AUGCCGUCGCUCUGGGAUUGUGCCUCUGCCGCAGACAUGGAGAAACUCAGGCUGCGAGGCCCCUGGGUGCCCUCGUGCCCCGGGCGGCCCCCAGUCCUGCAGGGCCGCCUGGCCAGGCCCUCCCCCCCCCCCCCGCUCUGGGACAGCGCGCUGCAAGAGCAGAAGGGCGAGCUGCGCAAGCGGCUGUCCUACACCACGCACAAGCUGGAGAAGCUGGAGACCGAGUUCGACUCCACGCGCCACUACCUGGAGAUCGAGCUGCGGCGGGCGCAGGAGGAGCUGGAGAAGGUCACGGAGAAGCUGCGCCGGAUCCAGAGCAACUACAUGGCGCUGCAGAGGAUCAACCAGGAGCUGGAGGACAAGCUGUACCGCAUGGGCCAGCACUAUGAGGAAGAGAAGCGUGCGCUGAGCCAUGAGAUCGUCGCUCUCAACAGCCACCUGCUGGAGGCCAAGGUGACCAUCGACAAGCUGUCGGAGGACAACGAGCUCUAUAGGAAGGACUGCAAUCUAGCGGCCCAGCUGCUGCAGUGCAGCCAGACCUACGGCAGGGUCCAUAAGGUGUCCGAGCUGCCCUUGGACUUCCAGCAGCGCGUGAGUCUGCACAUGGAGAAGCACGGCUGCAGCCUGCCCUCGCCGCUCUGCCACCCGGCCUACGCAGACAGCGUGCCCACCUGCGUCAUCGCCAAGGUGCUGGAGAAGCCGGACCCCACCAGCCUGUCCUCGCGCCUGUCGGACGCCUCGGCCCGCGACCUGGCCUUCCGCGACGGCGUGGAGAAGCCGGGCCCGCGGCCCCCCUACAAGGGCGACAUCUACUGCAGCGACACGGCGCUCUACUGCCCCGACGAGCGGCGGCGCGACCGGCGGCCCAGCGUGGACGCGUCCGUGAGCGACGUGGGCUUCCUGCGGGCCCAGAAUUCCACCGACACCGCCGAGGAGGAGGAGGAGGCCGAGGCCGCGGCCUUCCCCAUGAGCUACCGCCACGAGGCCUUCCCGGGCUACGCGGGCUCGCUGCCCACGUCCAGCUCCUACUCGAGCUUCAGCGCCACGUCGGAGGAGAAGGAGCACGCGCAGGCCAGCACGCUGACCGCCUCGCAGCAGGCCAUCUACCUGAAUAGCCGCGACGAGCUCUUCAACCGCAAGCCCCCGGCCGCCGCCACCUACAACGGCAGCGGCCCGCGCUUCGCCAAGGCCGCCACCAUGGCCGCCCCGCGCGAGGCCGAGGUGGCCCCCGGGUUCGGACGGACACUGUCUCCGUACCCGGCCGAGUCCUUCCGCUUCCCGGCCUCCCCGGGGCCCCAGCAGGCCCUGAUGCCGCCAAACCUGUGGAGCCUGCGCGCCAAGCCCGGGGGCGCCCGGCUGGCCGGCGAGGAUGUGCGAGGCCAGUGGCGGCCCCUGAGCGUGGAGGACAUCGGGGCCUACUCGUUCCCGGGAGGCUCCGCCAGCCGCGCCUCGCCCUGCAGCUUCUCGGAACGCUACUACGGCGGCGGCGGCGGCGGCGUGGGCAGCCCCGGCGAGAAGGCGGAGGGCCGCGCCAGCCCCCUCUACGCCACCUACAAGGCCGAGAGCUUCUCCGAGGGCGACGACCUGUCGCAGGGCCACCUGGCCGAGCCCUGCUUCCUGCGCAGCCUCAGCCCCAGCCGCUCGGCCGACCCGCUCCCCGGCUACGCGCCCAGCGACGGCGACGGGGACAGGCUCGGCGUGCAGCUGUGCGGGGCCGGCAGCAGCCCCGAGCCCGAGCCCGGCUCCAGGGAUUCCCUGGGGCCCAGCUCCAUGGAGGCCUCGCCCGAGAUGCGCCCGGCCACCCGCCUCAGCCCCCAGCAGGCCUUCCCCCGGACUGGAGGCGCGGGGCUGAGCCGCAAGGACAGCCUGACCAAGGCCCAGCUCUACGGGACCUUGCUCAACUGA